AUGAACCCUCACCACGCACAACUCCAGCAGCACCACAGCUCGUCGCCGUCACUCUCAUCACCACCGUCCGCGCUCUCGGAGCCCGGCUCGCCUACACGGGCCCUCCACGCCGGCCGCGCGAACAUUGAGAUGGACGAGAUCAUCGUCGAUCCCAGCUCCGUCGGUCGAUUCGCCAUCAUGCAACAACACCAGCCCGCCGAACCCGUCUCCAACGUGCCGCUCACCGCUGCCGGGCUUCCGAGGAAAAAGCCCGGCCGGAAGCCAGGCAGCACCGUCAAGCCCAAGGCACCACCGGCCGAUGGGGCAGCAGCAGAGCCGCCCAAGCAGCGGCGACCGCGCAAGCCCAAGGACCCAAAUGCGCCGCCCGUCCAGAGGAAGCGCAAGGCGGCCGCGGCAGAGGCCAGCGAUGCCAACUCGGAGAUGGAUGCGAGGUCCGCGUCCGGCCCGCCUCGCCAGACCAAGAUCACGGAACUCACCCCGAUGCGCAUGAGCCUGGACGCGGUUUCUCCGCCCACGACCGCUGCCGACGCCAGCUUUGCGGCCCCAGCGCCCAAACGCGAGAGCGGCUCCGGGUCGAUGAAGAUGAUGAACCUACUAAACGAAGAGCCGCAGCCGAAGCCGCAGCCGGCCCCACCCGCUAGGCAGAUGUUCGACCCUAUCCGGGGCGGCUACGACCCGAUCAGAGAGUCCAUGACCCCCCGCGAUCCCUACGGCACAGGGCCCCUGGGCUCCCCCCGCGCGCCCGCACAGAUGACAAACCGCGCCAGCGCGUCCCCUUCGAUAGCCAGCCUUGUCGAUCCCCCACCGACGGCCAACGUAAUCUCCCCGAUCCCGACGUAUUCCAACCCCACCUCCCAGCCACGGUUCCAGGAUUCCAACAACUCUCUCCCCUCCUCCCCCUCGAACGCGGUGCGCGCCACGCCUUCGCAGUCGAUGCCCAAGCCUGCGCUCAGCGACGCCAGGCGUGUUCCCCCACCACCACCGCCCCCAGUCCCGGCAGCUGCCAGUAAACCCGACUCUAAGACGACCUCGUUUACCAGCAUGACUUCGAUCCCUACCGCGACCGCGUCUGGGGCCGCCGGGGGGGCUGCUACCCAGCCGCCGGCCACGGCACAGAGCAAGAAAAUCGCCGCCGUCGUUCAACAAGAGCGCGACUCCCACAAAAAAGCCCGCAGCUCUUCCUCCUCCUCCCCCAAAAUCAGCAGCCUCAAAGAGGCCCUCCCCGCGGUCCCCGGCAGCGAGCGCUCCAUCCUAGACUUCGGCAAAGCCCGCCCCGGCGAAGAAACCGAAGCCCCCAGCAUCUCACUACACAUCCCACUUAACCCAGGCGAGAGCAACAAAUACGUCAAUUUCAUGCGCAUGGCCGAAGAGCGCUACGGCUGGGACGCCCUGCACCCACGCCUAGCCGCCAGUCGCGAGCGCAAAGCCCGCAUCGCCGCGGCCACCGCCGCUCUCGAAAAAACCGGCUCCGGCCGCGACUCGGGCGAGGGCGAGGAAAUGGACGAGGACAUUUUGCAGGGUUCUGACGCGGGCGAAAGUAAUGUCGAGAUGGGCGGCAUGGGCGGGAACAACACGGCUGCGGCCAAUGCGGCGCCCACCGCUGCACCGACAAAGCCGGCAAGGAAAAAACGUAAUUUUAAAGAGGACGAAUAUGAUAAAGACGACGAUUUUGUUGAUGACUCGGAGAUGUUAUGGGAGGAACAGGCCGCUGCGAGUAAAGAUGGGUUUUUUGUUUAUUCGGGCCCGCUUGUGCCCGAGGAGAAACCUGCUGUGGUGGAGGAACGACCGCGUCGUGGACGGGGGGGAAGGGGGCGUGGGAGUCGGGGCGGUGGAGCCGGGCGUGGAGGCGGUGGUGCCAACGGCGACAGUGCCGGACGCGGCGGCGGCGAUGGGGAGAAGACGACGACCACGGGAACAACGACGACGACGACGACGAAGAGUGGGCGUGGUAGGGGUGGUGGACCGGGGUCGAGAGGUGGAACGGUUCGGAAACCGAGGAUUACGAAGGUUGAGAAGGAACAGCGGGAUCGGGAAAAGGCGGAACGGGAGAGGUUGGCGCUUGUGGCGUCUAAGACGGGGGGGGUUGGUUCUGCUGCUGGUCUUGGAGGUGGGGUGGAUGGUGCUGGUGCUGGUGCUGGUCUUGGAGGUGCGGGUGUUGGAGGGGCGGGUGGUGCGAAUGGGUCGGCGUCGUCGUUGCUUGGGUUGGGGGGUGUGGCGGGGGGUGCGACGGCGCAGGGGACGGUUGGUGAGGGGGUGGCGAUGUGA